UGAUACCUCUCAGGACCCUCAUGUUGUGCCUGCUCAGAGUGCCAGCUUCCCGGAUACCUCUGCUCCUCCGGCUCAGCAGCUCAGCGGCGUUUACGGCUCCUUUUCUCCGGUACGGCGCCAUCAGCAGGGGGCACUGGUUAUGUUCUACUACAGGACUGUUUGUUGUAGCAUGACAGAAGAAAACCAUCCGAGCUAACCUCCAAGAGCACAGACAGUCAGAAGAAAAUGCAUACACUUCGGAGCCUCACUGUUGCCAAAUUGGCUAAAGUUUCCAGCAGAUUGUUUUCAAGACAAAAGAGCUCAGGAGGAAGACCUUCAGCCCCACUGGGUUCACGGAUUCUGACAAGUCCUGAUGACAUAUUUAAGCACAACAUGUGGGAUCAUGUGCAAUGGACAGAAGAGGAUAAAGAAAACGCACGGCAGAAGGCAAAAGAAAAUUCCUGUACACAAAUUCCUUUAGAGGAACAAGGAACAUUUGAUACCGAGGCUUGCCAAUACUGGGACAAGUUUUACACGAUGCACCAGGAUAAGUUCUUUAAAGAUCGCAAGUGGCUGUUUUCAGAGUUCCCAGAACUGCUUCCUUCAGGGGAUCAUCCAGAGUUAUACCCACAACCUGCUGGAGCCAGCACAGACACAGAGACCAGACACCGGCAACACAACGGGCCCAAAAACCAUGACAGAAAUACAGACGUCCCCAAUCAUCAAACAGACUCCUGUCAAGAAGCAGCACUAGAAAAAAAAACAGCUGCCAUACAGUCUAACACAUUUCCUGGCCAGCACGCAUCACACAGGAUCUUGGAGGUUGGAUGUGGGGUGGGCAACAGUGUGUUUCCCAUCAUUAAUUCCAUAAAAGGGAAAGACAUAUUUGUAUACUGUUGUGACUUCUCCAAAUCUGCCAUUCAGCUGGUCAAGGACCAUCCAGACUAUGAUGACUCUGUGUGUCAUGCUUUUGUCCAUGACAUUUGUGAGGAGACCGCCUCCUCCCCCUUCCCUCCUCAGAGCCUGGAUAUUAUUCUCGCAGUCUUUGUCUUCUCCUCGAUUCAUCCAGAGAGAUUGCAUGGAAUUGUGAACCAUCUAUCUACAUACCUGAAACAUGGAGGGAUAUUUCUCUUCCGUGAUUAUGGGAGAUACGACUUCUCACAACUCAGGUUUAAGAAGGGACGGUGCUUAUCAGAGAAUUUCUACACACGUGGAGAUGGAACCUGUGUCUACUUUUUCACUAAAGAAGAAGUUCAUGAACUAUUUUCCAAUGCUGGAUUGGAAGAAAUUCAGAACCUGGAGGACAGACGACUUCAAGUGAACAGAGGAAAGAAAGUAGCAAUGCACCGGGUUUGGAUGCAGAGCAAGUACAGGAAAUUAUAUCCACCUCCACCAUCUUGACACCCAACCCAGCACAGCAAUGUUUGGAGCUAAAGACCUUUUUUUAUACUUUGCAUUCAUUCCACCCGUAGCAAACAGUUUUACCCAAAUGAGUAUAUGUACUAUAACGAAACAGUUUGCAAUAAACAUACAAAACAAAGAACAAA